GGCAAGCCCAUGAAAAUAAAAACCCUAGCCGCUAGUUUAUACAAUCGUCGAAGGAAAAGAUUUCAGAGCAGGAGAGAGAAAAAAUAGCAAAUCAAUAAACACCAUCGCCGGAGAAGACCACGGCGUAACUAAUUCCCGACCGUUAGUUGAAAAAAUAAGUUAAAAUUUUGCUGAAAUCGGUUUUGGAGCUCCAAGAAUUAUAUCGGUACUUCUCUUUUUGAGGUUUGCCGAGUCAAACCAUUUACAGUGGAUUCGAACAAUUUGGAUUCGAACAAUUGUAGGUGAAGCAGCUUUAUGAUUUCUUUGCUGGCUUACUUGUAGUUCUUUAGUUGACUCCAAUGGGAGAUGAAAAUCAGCCUUCUAAGAAACGUGCCGCUGGAAGAGAAUUGUCUCGAGAUAAUCCUGGUCUUGAUGAUGACGAAGUUGAUGAACAGGCCACGGGAACUUUCAAGAAAGCAAGUGACGAUGUGCUGGCCACGAGACGGAUAGUGAAAGUUCGCCGUCAACAAACUUCGACAGCACCUUCUGCUCCUUCAUCUAAUCCUUUUGCUGGGAUUCGUUUGGUCCCUCCUGCUCCUGCUCCUGAUCCAGCUCCAGCUCCAGCUCCGGCAGAAGCACAAGCUGCGGAAGAUAAAACAGGUAGUGAUGAUGCAGAUACUAAGGAUGAUGCUAACUCGGAGUUUGAAGCGAGAAAAGUAGAACCUGAAGAGAAAGCCGACGAGGCUACAACAGAAACUAAUGCAUCAGGAAAGGAGAACAAGGCCUCUACUGAGCAAGUAACCACAGUUAUUGAACCUGAUCAGGCUGCUGAGCCUAAGUCAAGUGAUGAGAGAGAAGCUAAUGGCAGUUCUGAGAAAGCAGUUGAAGGGGAAUCAGCUGGUGAAAAUCAAGUUGAAGAAGAGAAGGUAGAAAAUGAUCCGAAGAAUGAGAAUGGAACACCUGAUAGUGGUGCUCCUUUGAGUUCAUUCCAGCAACUUUCAAACAGCCAGAACGCGUUUACUGGACUUGCUGGCACUGGAUUUUCAUCCUCAACAUUCUCAUUUGGAUCUUCUCUCCAGAAAGAUGGGUCUCCUUCACAAUCAUCUCUUUCGACUUUUAAUUUUGGUGCAUCAAAUAAUGGCAGUACCCCACUCUUCGGUUCAGUGCUGACAAGGACAUCCAUUGGGACCAAAACUGAGGGACCUGCAUUCCGUUCCAUGCAGGAGGUACCGACAGAAACAGGGGAGGAGAAUGAAGAAACAGUUUUCACUGCUGAUUCUGCUCUUUAUGAAUAUCUUGAUGGCGGGUGGAAAGAACGUGGUAAAGGAGAGGUAAAGGUGAAUGUGCUGAAAGGUGAAGCUCAUAAAGCUCGAUUGGUGAUGCGGGCCAAAGGUAAUUUAAGAUUAAUUUUGAAUGCUGGUCUAUUUUCCGAUAUGAAGCUCACGAAAAUGGACAAGAAAGGCGUCACCUUUGCUUGUGUGAACAUUGCUACCGAGGGCAAGGAUGGCUUAUCAACAUUUGCUCUGAAGUUCAAAGAUGGUUUAAUCAUGGAAGAAUUUUCUUCAACAGUUUCAGCUCACAAGGGUAAACCUGCUACUACGACGACUCUGAAGACUCCAGAAAAUUCUCCGAAAGCCUCCAAUGACUAAGAGUCAGUUUUGCGUUCUUCCGACGGUGUUGUUGUACCAUGUAUCGGAAUCUGAAAAAACAGUUGUUGCCACUUGCCACUGAAUAGACGGGGAAGUGAGGAGGUUAACUAAGAACCUUUGUACGUUGAACAUCCUUUCUUGGGUGUAAGGUGAGACGAGAGACAUUUGCUGUGCCAUUUGUUGUGCACUUGCGCUGUAACCUCUCCUGAACGAGGUACUUGUCAACUUAGUGUCUACUUGUAUUUCAGAAGGUUGAAUAAUACGUUAGACGGCUUGUGCAGUUACUCCCUCCGUCAUUUGAUUUUGCUACGUUAUGGAAAUCAAAUCGAGUUUUUUGUGAGUUAUGUAGUAAAUUUAGAGGGAGGAGUACUGAAUGUGAAUCUUUGAGAGGGUUCAUGUGUAUAUCAUCAAUAUAUCUUUUGCAUGCAUUAUGGUCUAUUGGAGCUCAUACUUUUAGAUUUAUUUUGUGGAACAAUAAAUUUAAUUUGCAUAUUGUUAUGAAAUGCACGAGUGAAGUAUGGAA